GCCUCUUGUUUCAUCAGCGUUAUAAACGAGUUAAUGUCUCGCCUAAAAGCGGAAAGUACUGGGUUUCUUUGAUCAAGUUCCCCGUAAUAAGAAGCCGGUAAGUCCAUUUCUGCGGCCACGAAGAUUAUUUUGACCGACUAAUGCAUUUAUGUUGUUAGAUCCAGCAGCAACAGCAAAACUGCUUUACGCCAAGACACGUCACCAUGGCAACGAGAGACGCGAAUAGGGCUGCCUGAUGUGUCAGUAAAGACAAGAAGAGAAGAAGGGAAUGAUAUAAGCACUGGGACCACAGUGAAAGCUGGAAAACUGGAACCCAAACACCUGUAGGCCAGACCAUCAAAAAAGUCCUGAUUCUCUGUCCACGCCCACUUGUGUGAGACUGAAUUACAACACCAGGACCUGGGAUGAUACUUUCUCACUGAUUCCUACAACUGUCAGCAAUGUUCAGCAAAAACAGUCUUCCCUCACCCAGCCUGGAGGACUCCUUCUUUCCUCUCUCUCCCUCGUCCUCGGUCUCUCUUUCCUUUGGUCUUCCCUCAUCCACAUCUUCUCUUGGAAGCACUGACAGUGGAGGAGGGAUAGAGACUGACCUGAUUCUGGCCGCUGAGCUUGGACGGGCUUUACUGGAGAAGAAUGAGGAGCUGGCAGCCUCUCUGGAGCAGAGGGAAAAGGACCUGGAGGCUUUACAGCAGGAGAAGCAUGUUCUUCAGAGGAAGCUGGAAAUGAAUGAAUUGGCAUUUGGACAAAGGGAGGCGGAGCUAACUGCUGAUUUAACCGCUCUGCGGGCUGAGCUGGAGAAACAUCACAGCCAAGGGCGUGACAGGCGAAAAGAUGAGAGCGAGCAGAUGACUCAGUUAGCCAACCAUAACCAGAGACUGGUGGAGCAGCUGGCAGAGGCUGUGACGCUGGAGCAUUCCUUGAGGACUGAGCUUCGUACCCUCAGAGAAGAAAUGGAAGACUCAUCUUUUAGCAGAAACAUCAGCUUCACACAGUUAGAAAACAUACAAGCAGAGAACAGAGUUUUGCAAGAGCGGCUGUCGCACAUGGAGACGCAACUAAAAGCUUCAGAGGAAGACAACCAAAGACUUCGCAUGGAGAGAGAGGGCUUGAGAGACAGACUGUCAGAGGUGCAGAUGAAACUGAGAGAGAAAGAAGCAGAGAUGGAGCAGGAGCAGGGAGUGGUGUUUGAGCUGCGCACGUUGAAUCGCUCUCUACAGCAAAAAGCUCUAAACCUGGGAGAAGAGAGCAUCCUGGACAGCACACACACAGAACCUUUAUCUCUGCUGAGUGAAAUUCAGCAGUCACAGGCUAAAGAGGCUCUUCUAGCUCACUCCACAGUCCUGCAAGCGAGAGAUGAAGAAAUACAAGCACUCAAAGAAGAGCUACAAUGUCAGCGAGAAGAGUUUGAGUCUUUGAGGGAGGAAAUUAAGCCUUUCAGAAGCAGUCCUGAAAAGCCAAGCUACAGUUCCCUAGAGAGUGAACUGGCCACAGUGCGGCAGGAGAAAGAAUCACUAACUCAGCAGCUUCUCAACACCAUCAAGCACAAGGUGGCGCUGUCUCAAGAGCUGGAGGCCUGGCAGGAGGACAUGCGGUUGGUGAUAAAUCAGCAGGUGCAGCAAAGGGAGGAGGAGAGGAAGAGAGAAAGCCAGCAAGAAAAAGUCAACGCCGCAGGACUCCAAAGAAGCAAGUCUUUGAAAAUGAAGGGAGAAGGAGGGAAACGGUUCUUCUCUUUUUUCAAAGACAUAUAACAGCAAGAGGACUCCGAGGCUUAAAUGGACAGUAUCAGCAUUUAUCUUUGUGACUGUAACUUUGAUGGCCAGAUAACGGACACUCUAAUGCGAUCAGCAACAAGUGGCAUGUUUAC